AUGGAUACUGCUGGGUCUUUAUCAUCACCAUUAAUGAAAAGCAUAAAUCGUAUGCAAAAUAUAAAUUUAAUAAACAACGAAGAUUUAACAUUAUCCAGUGAUGAUUAUAGUAAUGAUAUGUUGGCUGUUUCAUAUGAAAUUAUACAAGAUGAUGAAGUAAAGCCUGAUAUUAGUGAUAUAACUGUACAACAUAAAAAUAAAGUUAAACAAGUUACUCAUCCUGCUCAAUAUAAAGAAAAACAAUAUACAGUUGUAUCGUAUGGUCCAAUUAAAGUAAGAGUAAGUACUCGUCCAACACCAACAUUACAAAGUGGACGUCGUUCAAAAUUUGCUGAACUUGAUGCUGAAGCAUCAGCUAAACGAGAAUAUAAACGUGAAAAAAAUCGUCAAGUAGCAAGAAAAUUAAAAGAAAAAUAUCUUAAUAUUGAAAGUGAAUUAGUAGAGAAACUCAAUGAAUUAGAAUCUAAUGAAAAAGAAUUAACAGAGAAAGUUAAUAAUCUUACAUCAUAUAAAGAAUUUCUUACUGAUCGAUGUCAACAACAGAUUAAAACUCAAAAAGAAAUAAUUGAAAAAGCAUCGUCAAAUUCAUCUCAAGAAAAAAAUCAAUCCCAACAAACACAAAAACAUAUCUUCAUACAACAUGAAUUUAAAUCAGAACCAAUAGAACCUCGUUCUCCAUCACCAAAUUGGCAAUUACAUUUUAGUAUUACAUCAUGA